AUGGUGGACAACAAUAGACGAUCUUGGAACAAACGGGGUGAGCCGGAGUAUUACAUCCCACGUGACUACAGGUUUAUUGCUGAGUCUGGACAAACUUGCAAGAAGUCGGAUGGAAACCCGGCUCCAGUGGAGAUCGUGGUGGCCGUGAUCAGCUCCCUACACAACGCAGACAGACGACAGCGAGUCCGCCAGACCUGGGGACGAGAAUUCAAAAAUGGUGCUAAUGCUCGGGUCUUGUUCUUUCUCGGGGUUGACAAAGAUAACGGGACGAGAUCUGCGAUUAGGAACGAGAGUUUGACGUAUCAUGACAUCGUCCAACACAGUCAUUGGGAUAGUUAUGAUAACCUGUCAAUCAAAUCAGUGUCCGUCAUCAGGUGGGUAACUUCCUACUGCCGCCACGCGUCCUACGUAUUCAAAGUGGAUGACGACGCGCUCGUCAACGCGCCACAUUUGAUGAGUCGUCUGCAUAUGGCAUCAAAACAAACAAAAUAUUUCUUGAUGUGUUAUGUGUUCAAAGGUUCCCCGGUCGUCCGUGAUCCAAACCAUCGGUGGUAUAUCUCAAAACAAGAAUAUGGCGGGAAAAGUCUGCCGCCAUAUUGCGGAGGUUUCUACGCAAUUGUGGGAAAGCUCGUCCCCGUUUUAUAUGAUACUGCAAUAAAACAGCGCCUCUUUCGAAUGGAAGAUGUGUUCAUUUCGUCAAUGGUCGCUCGAAGAACUGGUCUCCCAGUACGCCUAGUUCACAAUAAGGCAUUCAGUCUUUGGAAGGCCGUCAGUUUGAAAAAACCUUGUGACUUCAGGAAACAAAUUGCUGUGACGAAUUAUAAUCAAAGUGAGAUACGGGCAUUAUGGGAUAGCUACAAGGCAAAAUGUAGUUAG